UACUAGGUUUUUUGUUUUGUUUUUUUUGGGUUUUUUCAGGGGUAGCCCAUGAUAUACAAGGUAAGCUGCCCUUCUUUGGGCCUGUACCUCUAUUAACACCAUUCAUUUAAGGAAAUUAUAAACUUGGCCCCAAUCCUGCAAACAAAAAAUUAAACCUCUGCUUAAGUGUUUGCAAGAUCAGGGGUUUGAUGCCUUCAUGUUACAGGGAAUAACCACAGAAACAACUUAGAUUCAGUCACCAGUUAGAAUAGGUGAGUGCUUCAAUGAGUUAAACAAUCCUCAGAGCCCCCGACACAUGGGUAAGUAGCGUACAGAGCUGACAUGUGAGCCAAGGGGUCCUGGCGCCCAGUCCUGCGCUCUAACCACUAGGCCCCUUGGGCCUCCAGCAGGCGCCGGCCAGCAAAGCCACUUAGCCAGCGCGUUCUGCACGGCUUGGGUCCGCCCAGCUUCCGUCCCAGAUGAUGCCGCCCGCUGGCUGCCGCCCAUCAGUAGCGCAGCCAGGAGCCGGUUUCCGUGUCAGUCGUCGCGGCUCCGGCAUAUGCAGGAGCGGCUCAACGAGUCGGGCGGGGAAGGGACAGCCACGGAGGAAGCGGCUCUGACACCCCCCCCCCCCCGGCUGACACACCCUGGCCCCAGUGCUGCCUCUGCGCUCGCCCACUAUCCCGUUCGGCCGCCCCGGGGAGCAGGCUGCGGCGGCGGCCUGGUGUUUACCCCCGUCCUCAACAGGUAGCCGCGUCUGACGGCAAGUGAGGGGUUGUGGCUUCCGGGGAUGUUAACACGCAUGCGCAAAGCGUUGGCGCAUGCUCAGUAACAGCAAAGGAGCUGAUCCUGACAGUCCGCCGCCUCUCCCCAGCCCAGCUGGAGGAGCCAUGGACAAAGACGACAAGAAUGUUAAACUGUCAGCUGAAGUAGAACCAUUUAUUCCUCAGAAGAAGGGUCCUGAUACACUUAUGAUAUCUAUGGCUCUCCCUAAUGACAGUGGAGGUGUUAAUGGAGUGGAACCAACUCCUAUUCCCAGCUACCUGAUUACUUGCUACCCAUUUGUACAGGAAAACCAAGCCAACAGACAAUUUCCAUUAUAUAAUAAUGACAUCAGAUGGCAGCAGCCAAACCCAAGCCCCACAGGACCAUACCUUGCAUAUCCUAUUAUAUCUGCUCAACCACCAGUCUCUACAGAGUAUACGUAUUACCAGUUUAUGCCAGCACCAUGUGCACAAGUCAUGGGUUUCUAUCAUCCUUUUCCUGCACCCUACUCUGCACCCUUCCAGACAGCAAGUGCUGUAAGUACAGUUACAACAGAAUGCGCUGAUCGCCCAAACCAGCCAGGCCAAGUCUUUCCAUUAUCCAGACAGCGAAGCAAAAGCAGUAACAGGGGACCAGCUGCCCAAAAGCAACUACAGUUACAGACGCACGCAAAAAGCAAAAGGGCUCCAGUGAAAAGUGUAGCUAUCCAAAAAGAGACCAGUGCAUCAGGCCCUGAGAACAGAUCAAAAAUUGUGCUGUUGGUGGAUGCAUCUCAGCAAACAGAUUUUCCUUCAGAGAUAGCUAAUAAGUCACUUUCUGAGAGCUCUAGUACAGUGCUAUGGAAAUCAAAAGGCAGGCGAAGACGUGCAUCCCAUCCUGCUGCAGAGUCCUCCAGUGAACAAGGGGCCAGUGAAGCCGAUAUUGACAGCGACAGUGGUUACUGCAGUCCUAAACAUAGCAACAAUCAGGCUGCUGCUGCUAUGACUUCAAAAAAUACAGAUUCUGGUGCAAUGAAUAUUGUAGAACCAUCAAUAAAUGCAGCUGCCAUAAGUUGGACUAAUGUAAAUUCCCAGGCAACUCAGAAAAAACCUUGGAUAGAACACCCUCAGACAUUUGCCAGAGGUGGAAGACCAGCUGAACAAAGAAAUAGUUCACAGUCUGGUUUCAGAUGCAGGGGGCAAAGCACAUCUUCAGAAAGAAGGCAAAAGCUGCAGAAGCGACACGAGAAGCCUUUAACCACAAGCCAAUCAAGCAGAGCAGAACAAAGUCCCGAACCCUUGUACUUUGAGGAUGAAGAUGAAUUUCCAGAGUUAAAUAGUCACAGUGGAAGUGGCAAAGGUGGUAACAUUCAGCAAAAAUUUUCACCAAAAGUACUGGAUAAUUUACCUGAAAAUUCUCCAAUCAAUAUAGUCCAAACUCCAAUUCCUAUUACAACCUCUGUACCCAAACGUGCAAAAAGUCAAAAGAAGAAAGCUUUGGCAGCAGCACUUGCCACAGCUCAAGAAUAUUCAGAAAUAAGUAUGGAGCAGAAGAAACUCCAGGAGGCUUUAUCAAAAGCAGCUGGGAAGAAGAGUAAAACUCCUGUGCAGCUAGACUUAGGGGAUAUGUUAGCAGCGCUUGAGAAACAGCAACAAGCAAUGAAAGCCCGUCAGCUCACCAAUACCAGGCCCCUCUCAUACACAGUUGGUGGUGCUGCACCUUUUCAUACCAAAGAAUCUACCAACAGAAAGUCAUUAACUAAAGGACAGCCAUCUGUGGGUUGUCUUAAUCCUUUGGACUCUACUGCUCCAAAAGUAAAAAGAGGAAAAGAGAGAGAAAUUUCCAAACUAAAACGCCCUACCGCACUUAAAAAGAUUAUUUUAAAAGAGAGAGAAGAAAAGAAAGGACGCUUAUCUGCAGAUCACAGUCUUCUGGGAUCUGAUGAACAGAAAGAGGUUCAUGUAAGUUUGACUAAUGACCAGUCUCAGGAGUUAGCCUCUCAAGAAGAACCGGGGCUAAGUAUGCCUAGUGAUACUUCACUCUCUCCAGCAAGUCAGAACUCUCCAUAUUGUAUGACUCCAGUGUCACAAGGCUCACCUGCCAGUUCAGGGAUAGGUAGUCCAAUGGCAUCUUCAACAAUCACUAAAAUUCACAGCAAGAGAUUCAGAGAGUAUUGUAAUCAAGUUCUAAGUAAAGAAAUAGACGAGUGUGUGACUUUGCUAUUGCAAGAGCUUGUCAGCUUCCAGGAACGCAUUUACCAAAAGGAUCCCAUGAGAGCUAAAGCAAGGAGAAGGCUUGUUAUGGGUUUGCGUGAGGUUACUAAGCACAUGAAGUUAAACAAGAUAAAAUGUGUGAUCAUUUCUCCUAACUGUGAAAAAAUCCAGUCAAAAGGUGGAUUGGAUGAAGCUCUGUAUAAUGUAAUAGCCAUGGCACGAGAGCAAGAGAUUCCUUUUGUCUUUGCACUUGGACGUAAAGCUCUUGGUCGUUGUGUGAACAAACUAGUUCCUGUUAGUGUGGUGGGAAUCUUCAACUAUUCAGGUGCUGAGAGCCUUUUUAAUAAGUUGGUCUCACUGACUGAGGAGGCCAGAAAGGCUUACAGAGAUAUGGUUGCAUCAAUGGAGCAGGAACAGGCAGAAGAGGCCUUAAAGAAUGUUAAGAAGGCACCCCAUCACAUGGGUCAUUCUCGUAAUCCCUCUGCGGCAAGCGCUAUUUCAUUCUGUAGUGUUAUUUCAGAGCCCAUAUCUGAAGUGAAUGAGAAAGAAUAUGAAACAAACUGGAGAAACAUGGUGGAAACAUCUGAUGGGUUAGAAACCUCUGAAAAUGAGAGAGUGUCCUCAUUUAAGACCACUGCACCAGAAAAAUCUAGUAGUGUUCAAAUUGAAAAAGCCACUGUUAAUAAACAGCCGCUUACAGCUACAACUGGAACUACCUCAACUGCAAGUCAUGGAAAAUCCUUGCCAAGUGACAAAGAGGAGGUGAAGCCAGAUGACAAUCUGGAGUGGGCCUCACAGCAGAGUACCGAGACAGGAUCUUUGGAUGGCAGCUGUCGUGAUCUUUUAAAUUCCUCUAUGACCAGUACCACCAGUACUCUUGUACCAGGAAUGCUUGAAGAAGAGGAGGAGGAUGACGAUGAAGAUGAUGAGGAUUACACCCAUGAACCUAUAUCAGUAGAGGUUCAACUUAAUAGCAGAAUUGAAUCUUGGGUCUCAGAGACCCAAAGAACUAUGGAAACCCUUCAACUUGGGAAGACCCUUAGUGGUGCAGAGGGAGACAAUGCAGAACAAAGUGAAGAGGAAGAGAGAGAAACUCCUGAGCAGGUAGAUCCAGUAAUUGAAAGUGAGGAAUGGACAACUGACAAGCAUGCAAAUAAUGCCCAACAUAAACCCACGGUCAGCAAUUCUCUGAAUAAAGAACACACAGAUUCCAAUUACAUGUUGUAAAAAUAAGUACAAACUCAGGAACUCUUUAAAAUUAUAAUUAACUGUUGUAAGGGUUGCAGCCAUUACUUUGUGUGCUUCAUCUCAACAUUUUGCACUGUUUAACAUUUAAUGUAUGUAUUUAAUUCACAACAAAUAUUUGUAGCUGUCUAUUGUUAAUUGUUUCAUUAAAACCUAUAGUUUAGCUUUUAAUCAGUAUCUGUGUAUUUCCCAGAAUUGAAACCAUCUAUGUAAAAAUUUCAAUUAAUAAUAGAUCUUCACUUGAGCUGCUUUUGUAAACGGAGAAACUAUUUAUAAAUGACCAAUUGUAAGCAAAAGUCUUCUUAAAUUUGACUGUUUAUCUUUUUUUCAACACAUGAGCUGAUCUACGUUUUAAGACUUGCAACAGUUACCAACAUUUUGCAUUGCUGUUACCCCAAUCAUUUUAACCUGAUUGGCCAUAAUUUUCUAAUUAUACCAGGAAAUAAUAAAAAAAAAAACAAUUGGCUUUUCUGUAGAGAGAAGUCAGAAAAAUCCAAAAACAUUUUUCUUGCAGUCAAAAGGAAGAGGAGAUUGAGAAAUGUGUGCAUGAUUCUUAUGCUAGGACAAAUGCAGCUUUUUAGUUGGGUUGGUGAGGGUAUAUUGCAAAAGCUGCUGACUGUAAUGAGAGUUACAAUAUGCUAGAAUAACUUUAACCCAAAACUACAAUAGCAAAAUAAUUGUAGUUAAUGUAUGUUUGCUUUUUUCCAAUGAAAUACUUUAAAAAAAAAAAAAAUCACUAUUUGCAGAGUCACAGUAAGGGAACCAUGACCACCAUCCAUGUUGUUCUUCGUAAUUGACUGCUUCCUUAUUCUUUCACUUACCUCAGGAAUGCUGAUAUGCAUAAUUUUAUUUACAUUAAAUAAAACAGGCAAAAGUGAUCUGAGUAUUUAACAGUAAGUGUGACUGAUAUAAUAGCUAAGUGUAUUGUUGUGUUCUCUUGCAUGCUUUGAUUCUGGCCACUUUUAUAUUGAGUUCAGGAUCAAUUUCAGGAUUAAUUCUCAUUGAGAAUGUGAACUCUUGUUCCUCAGUUGUAGCAGCCUAGUAGUUGACUUCUAGAGUAGUAAAGUAGUUGUUCUGGGAAGGCAGGAAAGUGCCUUGGAGUUCUGAGAGGUGUCAGUGGUUCAAAAAAAAAAAAAAGCCAGAAAUGAAUAAGCUGCCAUAGAAUUAUCUACGUUUGUUCCUAGUAUUGAAAUUAAAUCCAUUAUCUGGAGAUGAAAUUAUUUCAGAUUGGGGAUGGAGUAUAUGUCUAAUCCUUGCACACCAAGAGUCUGAAUUUUCUAAAUUUUGUCCAGUACUGGCAAUAAAUGUACUGAAGCCAUCAGCACCGAGGACUUGACUAUAAGAGUAGCCAAAGAACCAUUUUCAUGAAUAACAAUUUUUCAUGACAAACAUAGAUUUGUUUUAAUUCUACAUCAUUAUUCUAGACCACUUCCAUUUAAAAGGUAACUUUCAGUAACACAAAAUAAAUGGACAUUUUAAUUGCACACUUAGUUUACUUAACAACUUGGGACCAGCACUUUUUUAGUAUUUGUAAUACUGAUAUUUCAUGUUGCACUGGGAAAAUCAGACUCCAGGUUUAGGACAUAUCUAGUCCUGUCUUUCAACUGGUAAUAAGCAUUGUGGAAACAAAGAGUUUGAGUAUUAUGUAAAUAACACUUUGGUAUCUGUAGACAUAGCAAAUGCUAUGCAGGACAUUGUUGAAGAAAGCAGCUGGCUGUCCUGUCAUGUUCUUAGUUCCAUUAUAUAAUCUUCCUAGGUAUUAGCAACAGACAGUUGAUAGGAAUACAAAGAGUAAAGAAUGAUGCCUCCUAAAUAUUAACCCCAAUUGUCUGUACUGCAGAUUUUAUUGUGCAUACAUUCUGAAAGGUUUAUUCAUUUAGGAAAUGAUAGGGGUUUGAACUGCUGACAGAGGAUCAGUGUUUGCCCUUGGAUGUGUAAGCACAGCUUCCGUCAACAACUAAGAUCAUGUGCACACGAAGGGUAGAAUUUGACCUAGAUUUUCCAAAAAUGGAAAGUGGAAUUACAAAAAACUAUAAUCAUCUGUACAUUUCCUUUUCCUUAUUCCAUGCCAGUGAGUCAAAUAACUCUUGAUCUUGAGGUAGUAGCAUUACAAAGGUUUCUUUUUUGUCUUUUCUGACCUUGGACAGUCAUUUUAAUAUUUGACAUUUAUAUCAAACAGGAAAUUUACUUAUAAUCUUCAACCCACUGUUGAAUUGUAAUUUUGCUACAGAUUUCAUAAGUAUAUUAUGAGUUCAUUAAAGAUGAUACAGCUCAUCUAGUACAUCUCUUUGUCAGCAAACAAGGAGAAUCUUUGGAAAUGUGAAUGAUCACCUCUAGAGAGGCAAACCAAAAUGGACUAAAGGAAACCAUCCAUUUAGAACAUUUCCUUUUGAUAAGAUGAGAAUGAGAUAUAAUUGUGAAUGGAAUGACUGUGCGUCUGGGAAGAGGUCCAUUUGCAUCUAAAAUUAGGGAAGUUCCUUGCAAUGUGCAGCACUUAAGAGGUAUAAUCUUGAUCUUGUGGUAAUCUUGUUUCUAUCGGCAACAGAAAUAAAAAAGCAUAACCUUUCCGAUAGGUUAUUUUGUAGUGCCAUGAUUAAUUUUUUAAGAUAGCUGGAUUUCUAUUUCACUAUAAAAAGUAUACAAUUUAUUAUACAGGUUGUUAUACUCCAAAAAACAGAUGUUUCUGGAGUUAUAUGAAUAUAGAUAUGUUUUUUUGUGAAGAUUAUUCAGAAAACAAAUAUCCAUUUUUUUUCUUUCAAAGACUAUUGGAUUAUAUAGAUUUCAUGCAUCUGGCAAAACAUGAAAAAUAAUGUGUGGUAGGGCAUCUUUACAAUGAAUUGAUAGAGAUGACUGUGCAUAGAAAUUAUUUUAUAUAACACUUCUAGGAUUUGUGUAAAAAUAAAUUUAGGGGAAAAAAAUCUGGAGAACGUAGUCCUUCAUCAGACCAAAUAAUUAUUAUUUUUUUUGUCUGAAUAAGGAGGAAGGCCCUGGUCCUGCAAAUACUUACUUACAUACUUGACUUUGGGAACAUGAGUAGUUCCACUGGUAUCAGCACACCGAUUGGUAUGCUUAAUUUAAACACCUGUGAAAGCGUUUGCAGGAUUGGAACCAAACAGUGACUGCAGGAUUUGUCCCGUAUUUUUAAAAUUAAAAAACAACAGAAAAUGUUCUUCAAUAAUGCACUUGUAUGAUUUCUUAACAUAAAGGUGGGCGAGGAUUUUUACAUGAUUCAGUCCAUUUCUUUAACAUGAAGUUUAAAUUUUAAUAACAUUACUUUAAAUAUGAAUGCAAAAAAGUUUUAUUGUUUGAAAAGCUGCUGUUUGCUAAAACUGUCAUUAAGUAUUCUCUGUGAAGUUGUGCCAACUAAUCAAAAUAUCCAGUUGAUUUUAAUGUUGAUCAUAUUUUAAUCAUUAAAAUUCAGUGUGAAGAUUUGUUUACAAAAACAAAAACCAGCAGAAGGAAGCCAUAGAUGCAGCCUAUGUGGGGUUUUUUAGCCGUCCCUUCCACACGCAAUGAAAUGUACGAAUGUCUAACGUGAAAUUUAUACUGAGUGAUAACACUGAAAUUAGCAACACAGUUGGCACAGCCCACCUUCUAAAUGUUCAUCAAUGGUUCAUAUAUUUUUAAUAGAUUCUAAUAAGAUAAACUGUUAAUCUUUAAUGUCUUAACAUUUGUAGCAACACUUAGGUUAAACAGUAGAAAAUUAUUAUAAAAUAAAAGAUGAAGGGUUCUGUUUUCUUUUUUGCUGUAUGAAGGAUAAUUGUUCUAUCUACCAUACUUUUUUGGAGUAAUAGCUUUUUUUGCACUAUGUAAAUACUAGUGGGGAUUCUUCCAUAACUAAUAAAAGUGAUUGUAGAAAUAUCUCUUA